AGUAGAGGGGGAACGCUUUCCUCAUAACACCAGACAGGCUUUCUGCUUUGCAGUCUACUGUCAGUGUGUACCACUGAUAAAAAAACAUCUGAGAGCAUUUUUAAAGGAUUUAUCAAUCUAAAGCACCGGUGAGUUAUGGGCUGUCUCCUGUGUCAAACUUAGGAGGCUUUCAGCAAGGCUCAAUAUCUGUACGCAGUGCAAGUCAGAGGCUACAGCUGCUGGAAGCUCUUGCAAGCCAUAAACCAGCGGACUCUGAUUUCCUUGAAUGCUGUAAAUUAUCCCUGAAGGAAUGGACAACUCCAACAAAAAACCACACACAAGUUUUCUGAGAAGAUAGCAAAGGAAUUAGAAAAAACAGCUUGACUUGCAGAUUCUCACCUGACCCAUGAGUGUCUCUCUGCUAAUGCAACACUAAAUUAAGACACCUUUGUACAUUAGAUGCGAGGAUGUUUGUGUUGCUGUACAUUACAAGUUUUGCCAUCUAUACAAGCGAGCAACCACUUCAAAGCCAGCUCAAAGGAGAAAAUUACUACACCAGAUACAUAUGUAGCAUCCCUGGUUUGCCAGGCCCUGCAGGUCCCCCUGGAGCCAGUGGAUCCCCGGGGCCACAUGGACGCAUUGGUCUUCCAGGAAGAGAUGGUAGAGAUGGCAGGAAGGGAGAAAAAGGUGAAAAAGGGAGUGCAGGUUUAAGAGGAAAGACUGGGCCGUUAGGACCAGCUGGAGAGAAAGGAGACCAAGGUCAGUCUGGUAAAAAAGGACCUGGAGGAUUGACUGGUGCCAAAGGUGAAGUAGGUCCAGCUGGACCACCUGGACCUAAGGGAGAUAAAGGAGACCGAGGAGAGCCUGGGGCACCAGGGGUCUGUAAGUGUGGAAAGAUAGUGCUGAAAUCUGCCUUUUCUGUUGGCAUCACCACGAGCUACCCAGAGGAAAGAUUACCAAUUGUAUUCAAUAAAGUCCUCUUCAAUGAGGGGGAGCAUUACAACCCUUCCACAGGGAAGUUCAUUUGUGCCAUCCCAGGGAUUUAUUAUUUUUCUUAUGAUAUCACCUUAGCAAACAAGCAUCUUGCAAUUGGGUUGGUCCACAAUGGGAAGUACAGGAUAAAGACAUUUGAUGCAAACACAGGCAACCAUGACGUAGCUUCUGGAUCUACGGUGAUCUACCUUCAGUCAGAAGAUGAAGUAUGGCUUGAGAUCUUCUACACUGAUCAAAAUGGUCUCUUUUCUGAUCCAACGUGGGCAGACAGUUUGUUUUCUGGAUUCCUCUUAUACGUUGACACAGAUUACCUUGACGCUUUAUCAGAUGAAGAUGAGCUCUGAAGCAGAUGAUAACGAGUGACAUUCAAACUGGACACCCCAGCACUGGAUUUUAUCCAGCUGUGUGGGAAACACAAAGUUGAAAGAAAAAAAUAAAAAUCUGGGAGUUUAUUCUUGCUGUAAUAGCAACCAGAUCUGAGCUUGUAAGGAUGUUUCUAGAACCUAAGCUGGAUUUUUAACUGAACAGCAGGGAUUUCAAAAGGAACUGUAAUUAACAGAAGACUGCUUCACUCCAGGACUGACUCUUCCUGAAAGUUCUGUUUAUAAUACUAUUUAAACAAAUUUAAGAUACUGUACAUUGGUUUUUAUAUAAAAUAUAUUAAGUUGCAAUGUAGAAUGGAUAUUUUGUAUAUGAUAUUAAAAUAAAAUUGAACAACUGA